CUCCAUGAUCAAGCGUGAUCUCGUCCACACGGUUCCAAUUGGCUAGUCUUGAGCUAAGCUAUGAUCCUUGUCGCGAUGUCACCUAUAAGGGCUGACUCGCGGCGCACGACGCGACUCCGCUUUGCACUCCUGAAGCUAAAGGUCGAGAAUAAUCGUUCUGAUGAGCCAUCCGUGGAGCGAGCUCUCGAAGAUGCCCGUGCGGCUCAUAUGGCACACCCCGCAUCUCGCCAGUCCGGGGAUGAUGCGAGUCGCGGCGCCCUAGGUCAAGCCUUGCUCGGUUAGUCACGAGUCUAAUGAGGGGCUGGGUGUUAUUCUCGUAACACCGACACUCGUGACUCGGUCUCCUACCUCCUGUUGACGCUUCCUUACGGGGUCAAUGUCGCGCUCUCCUUGGGAGCGGCUUUCUGUGAGCUUAGUUUCCUUUCACACAUCCCAACAUCCAAGCCGAUCAUUGGGCGUUAUCAACUAAGAAUUCACUUUCGCAAUGGAGCUGGGGAACAGCAAGCCGCACGCCAGGCCACUGCCCCCGGGCGCCAGGCGUCGAGGUGCCGAAAGGACCAUUGCCUCAGCUACAGGAUCGCCUCUACCUAACUCUCCGGCGCUCCCCUCGGUCUCUGAGACAGGCACUGGUGACGAUUAUGUUGCUGCUAAGCAGCUAUCAGGCUCCAAGUCUCGUCAGCAGGUCGGACAGGAGAUAUCCAUCGAGGAUAUGGAGGCAGCUCUCCGCGGCGUAUCACGCGAAGAGCUUGUGUUGGCUUUGAAGAGGAGUAAAGAGUAUAUGGAUGCGCUCGAUGCGAAGUGCGAGGCGCAGCAGCUCACCAUCGAGGAGCAGCACGCUUCCAUUGAUGCUCUCAGCUCCUCAGUCUCUCUCGCAGAAGCCGAAUCGAGCUCGUUGCAAGGAGCUGUCAACGCCCGCGAGGAGCGCAUCGACGAGCUGCUUGCCGGUCAAGAUCGGACAGAAGAAGAGCUCGACCAGCUGCACGCAAUGGUCGCGCGCCUAAGCAAGCAGGUUCAAGAGGCCGAGAAGCUUCGAAACGAUGCCGAGAGGCGUUACACCGAGCAAGUCACGACAUCGGACAAGGAGAGAGAGUUCUUUGCAGAUACCGAGAAUCUCUUGAGUCAGCAAAAAGCUAACACAGCAUCGGCAAACGAACGCCUCAUGUCCGCCAAUGCGGAGCUGUUGCGCGAGAACGAGGUACUACAAGCUAGAAUCGCGCAGAGCAAGUCAAAUACUUUGGCGCCCAUGGAUCUCGAGUCCGAAGCGUCCCCUCCUUCCAAGCCAAACCCUGAAGUGACUUUGGCUGCCAGCAAGCGCGCUCUGGCUGACGAGAAAGCAACCAGCGCUUCGCUGCGUCAAGAGCGCGACACGCUUCAAAAGAGCUACAACGGCCUAGUUGACACUUUGAAAACAGUGCAACAGGAGCUAGGAGAUAUUCGUGAAGCGUACUCAGCUUUGCGGAAGGAGAGCUUAGGAUAUUUAGACAUGCUGGAGGAGAAGACUCUAAGCGGUGCUCUCAUCACGGAGAGUCGCGUUCUCAACCGUGCUUAUGGCGACAUGUCAAUCUCGGAUGGCAGUAUCGAUAGCGAGGAUGAGGGCGAAGAUACGCAAGGCGACACAAGCGUUGCUACUACGCAGAUCAGUGAGAAUACCAAUGGGGAUGUUGAGGACGUGCCGCCUCCCAGGAAGCCAAGGCGAUUUGUUAGCAAGCGCUCUUCGGCCCUUCCUGACAGUCCGGGCGCUCAGCGCAGUAUACACGCCCCGACGACGCUUGAGAAUGAGCUCGCAGAAGUGGACGAAGCAGCAGAUCAACGAGAAUCAAAGCGGCGAGAGCUCAAGGAGAGGCGAGACAGAGAAGGCGCUGGCGAGUCGAUGCCUACAGCGGUACCUGACCUUCAAAGGGAGGUCAAAGAGCUUCGCGAUGCAAACAAAGCUCUCACUCUGUACGUCUCCCGAAUUAUCGAUCGGAUUGUCACGCGUGCGCAAGGUUUCGAAGAUGUGCUUGCAAUCGACGACAGCUCUCAGGCGCGUGGUACAAGCAGUCGCUUGCGUGGACAACGCUCGAGACCACUUUUGGCCGUCAGCCCUCCGCGCUCCGCUGGCGCAUCAAGCAGCCCCAGUCAGGCUCAGAAAGCGCAAGCUGCCGCGGACAAAGCAGCAGAGGAGGCCAAGAAAGCCAGGCGCGCUAGCGGUGGUCUCCUCGGAUUUGGUCGACUUGCUUCUGAUCCCGAUGUCAGCCCUAACAAACAGACAGUCGGAGUCGGUUCUAGUCGACCGACGCCUCCCGCAAAGAACAGGCGGUCGGCUUCAAUUGACUGGAAGUCCUGGCUACCAGGCGCGGGCACUGCGCCGGAUCCUCGGGAGGCGCAAUUGCGUCCUUUGACACUGUCUCCGGCCAUGACUUCAACUUCGCGCGUUGUCUCUUCAGAGACUGAAGAAGGACGAGAAAAAUUGCGUGCCCAUUUCGAGAUGCAAGGUCUCUCACCGAUGGAGAUUAGAGCUGCUUUGGGAGACGGUUCAGCCUCGGUGCCCAGCUCGACACCCCUGGCAGAGAAGCGUGCCAGCGUUGGUACUUUCUUAUCGCGCGUCAUGCCAUUCGCACAGCCUGGACCACCGCCACCUGCCACGCCUUGACCGAUCGCCACCUCCGCCGACCUGAUUAUUGGGGUCGAAUCGUCCAUCGCCCGUAUAUGUCCCCGCUUUCGCCAGGUCCUCAGCUUAUGAAGAGACGUGUGCAUCAUCCAUAUACCACUGCCAUGCGCUUCGCAAGUCUUCCCGUACCCUGCUCGUAGAGGCUUAAUGAUCAUCGUAUUG